AUGGUCGCUGGGCUGCUCUCUAGACUGAUGCGAGCGCGCUCCCUCGCAGCGGGCCUCCUGCUGCACGCGUGCUCGGCAGCGGUGCUCGCGCCGCCGACCAUUUCCCGCCACUCGGUUGCGCUGCCGGCCCUUCGCAUAGGUGGCGAGUGGGCCGGCCACACUGUGGAGUUCUCGCCGGAAUCCGGCUGUGCGCUGUCCAGCGUCGAGGUGCUGGCUUGUGAGCGGUGGAACGCUGACCGCCGACUGGAACGGCGCACGAUCGAGUUCAAUGCCGACGGCGCUGCCAUGAGCGAGGGCGUCGUGCUGCCGUUCGCGCAGAGUGGCUCCGAGGUGCUCACUCUCGGCGCGAGGAUGCUGGAGCCCGACGUGCUCAACAUCCGGGCGUGGGCGCUGGAUGCGGUCGACGAGACCUCUCCGGGCACGUGGGACUGCGAGGCGAUCAUCGACGGCCUCAGCGGCGACCGGCCGGCGGAGCGCGCAGGGGCGCUCGAGUGCCCAAAGGUGAGGACGCGCGUGCGGUGCCGCUUUGACCCGACGGCGGGAAGGGUCGACCCAGCGUCGCCGGUUGCGAUCUCGCUCGAGCGCUGCUGGUCGGUGACGCCGUCGGCGGCGCUAGACGAGGCGGGGCCUGCUGCUGUGGACGCAGAGUGGCGGUCUGCUGUGGUUGGGAUGGAGAGCUUUGGUGAGGGAGAGGGCACUCUCUCCGCCGCCGGCAUCGAGCUUCAUGGCGAGCCUGGGCUGCUGCGACUGACGCUGCGUUCGGGAACGAGGGCGCAGAACGGCUACUCGAGCGUGUCCAUCUCCCGCAGCUGGGUGGGCGAGUGUUGCGAGGGCCCCGACGCCGCUUGCUCCGUCUUCACUGAGGUGGAGGUGACGGACGAUACGACUGGGGAUAAAUGA